AUGAGAUUCCUUUCUUACCUGGAAGCCAUUCGUCAUCCUUGCAAUAGAGCUCACAAUAUAAUAGAAAUAGCUUAUUGUUCAUUUGAUAGUUCCAACAUUGAGUCCAUUACAUUUAAUUCGAAGAUCACAACUAUCUCAGGAUAUGCUUUUACAAGGUCUAAAUUGAGAUCAGUUACUAUACCCGAUACUGGAACCUAUAUUGGAGGUGGAGCUUUUGCCACAUGCACUCAAUUAACUACUGUGAAAUUAGGCAAAGGAAUUAAUACCAUUUGGGAACACACCUUUGAAAAUUGUAGAAUUACUGAAAUCACAAUUCCAGAAAAUAUAAAGUCAAUAGGAGAAUUUGCAUUUGCAUACUGUUGGAGUCUGAAAAAUGUUGUUUUGCCACCGAAUGUUUCGCGUUUAGAAGGAAAUUGUUUCCCAUCUGGAAUUAAUGUUUCGUUGACACCAGGAUCUCCAUUUUCAAUCGAUAAUCAGAUGAUCAUAUAUAAUCCAGAUAAAACGACAAUAGUUAUUUGCUUGAGUAAAAGAGAAUCAUAUAAUAUCAUCUCAUCUGUUCAAACAAUAAGCACAAAUACAUUUGCAUCUAAUAAUAUACUCACAACAAUAACAUUUGAAUCGAAAACUAAUCUCAAAACGAUCGGUAAGAUGGCAUUUGGAGAUUGUCCACUACUUUCAUCAUUUGAGUUACCAACAUCUAUUGAAACCAUUGAAGACCAAGCAUUUUCUGGAUGCACAUCUUUAACAUCGAUAUCAUUUGGGAGCAGCAUUACUAAGAUCGGUGCAUCCAGUUUUUCAGGAUGCAGUUCUAUCACAAGAGUUACAUUUGUUGAAUGCGAUAGAUUGACCAUUGGUGACAGUGCAUUCAUUAAUUGCAUCUCACUAAGUUUCCUUUCAUUCAGUAAUAAUUUAGUGAGCAUUGACAGAUAUGGCUUUUAUAAUUGCACUAGUUUGACAAGUAUUAUCUUCCCAAUCUCACUCGAAUCGAUCGGUGUUUAUGCAUUUGGACACACCAAUAUCGAAGAAAUUAACAUUCCAGAUGACUCUCGAAUGACUGAGAUUGGCGAUAGUGCAUUCAGACAAUGCACAGAACUGACAACUAUUCACAUCCCAGAUACAAUCCAAAGACUGAAUGACAAUUGUUUUGAAUCAACGAAGAUCUCAUCAUUCAAAGUUCCUCUUCGGACAUCAAUCAUUUCAGAUCUUGCAUUUAAAGAUUGCAUUUCUUUGACAUCAUUCAUCAUCCCUGCUGGCUGUUCUCUUUCAUCACUCGGAAACCUCGUCUUUGAAGGAUGCAUAUCUCUCAAAGUCAUUAACUGCUCCUCAAGUGAUUUCUUCGUUAUCGAGAAUGGAGCAUUGUUCAACAAGAACAGAAGUACACUCCUCAUCUUCCCUCCAGCAUCACCGAUUAAAUUCUUCUCUCUGCCACAAGACAUCAGAACUAUUUCAACGAACGCAUUCAAUGGCUGCAACAAUCUCUUGAGCAUUACAAUUCCCGAUAACUCAGUAGAAACCAUCAAAACGUUCGCCUUCGCCAACUGCUUAUCACUUCAAUCGAUUAACAUUCCCAUUUGUGUAAAGACUAUUGAAGACAACGCAUUCAUUGGCUGCCGAAGUCUUCGAUGCGGUGUCAUGAUUGAGAACAGAGAUAAAACAUUUCUUCGCAAUCUCGUUGACUCAGCCAAACUGAAUCCAACAUCUCUUAAAGACUGUGGCUAUAUCACAUGCAAAGCUGCUAAAUACAAUUCUCUAUUCUCUAGUAGUUCAUAUGUAUAUGUAUUUAUUUUAAUGUAG